UUAUUAUUUUUCUCUAGUUCGAAUACGCCUCGUACCACAGCCUCACAGCCCUAAAAACUCCCAUUUCUGAAAUUCCAAAUUGGGGUUUAAUCAGCUCGAAACAAUCCCUCCUUUCGUCUCGACCUACGGUCCCGAUUCUCCCCGUAGAAGGAAAUGGACGGCGACGAUGAAGAUUUCAUCUUCUACGGGACACCGAUCGAGCGAGAAGAGGAACUGACGAGCCGGAAGAGAAAGGCAGCUGCAGAUGCCGCCGGAAACAUGCGCAGCCUCCCUCCUUGGAAGCAAGAGGUUACAGAUGAGGAGGGCCGCCGAAGAUUCCAUGGAGCAUUUACAGGAGGCUUCUCUGCGGGAUAUUACAAUACCGUUGGAUCAAAAGAGGGAUGGACUCCACAAACGUUUACGUCAUCACGUAAGAACAGAGCCGAAGUGAAAGCACAGAGCCUGUAUAAUUUUUUAGAUGAUGACGAGAAAGUGGAAAUGGAAGGCCACUUGGGAACAUCUUUGCAGUUUGAUACAUUUGGAUUUACGGCUGCAGAACUUGCUCGGAAACAAGCAGAGAAAGAACAACACAAGAGGCCGUCAGCUAUUCCUGGACCUGUUCCAGAAGAACUAGUUCUUCCUUCGGCAAAUUCCAUUGGUGUAAAGUUGCUGCUGAAGAUGGGAUGGCGGCAUGGACAUUCAAUCAGGGAUACCCGUACUAACUUGCUGUAUGAUUCACGAAGAGAAGCUAGAAAAGCAUUCCUUGCAUUAUCUUGCGAUGAGGAAAGACCACAGCUUGCUCAAUCAGAAUCUGUUAAAUCUGAGUCUGAAACUGUUACUGAAUGGGCUGCGGCUGAUGGUAAUGAUGAUGUAUAUGCUUCUCAAAGCACGCCUGUUUUUGUAUUAAACCCAAAGCAGGACUUGCAUGGUUUAGGAUUUGAUCCUUUCAAGCAUGCUCCUGAAUUCAGAGAAAGUAAAAGAUUGCGGGUAUCUGGAAACAAAGAAUUGGGACACAGAAAAGCUGCUUCAGCAAAAGCUAAUCUUUUCACUUCAAACUCAGGAAAAUUUGCUCCUGGUUUUGGUAUUGGGGCACUUGAGGAACUUGAUGUUGAAGAUGAGGAUAUAUAUGCUUCUGGUUUUGAAUUUGAGGAGACAUACGUUGAAGAAGAUGAAGAGCCUUCAAGAUUGAACAGGGAUAAAACGAACAGGGAUAAAAAGAAGCAAUUGGGCAAAAAAGAAGCCGGUGUUCUCUCUGGAUUUAAAGUUGCAUCAAAUUCUGAAUACCAGUUGGAAAGAUUCAAUCCUCCAGUUAUUCCACCUGACUUUGAACCCCAUCACAAAUUUCCUGCUCCUCUUGAGAUAGAAAGUAAGUAUUCAGAGCCGCCUCCUCGAGAGGUUUCUCCUCCAGAGGAUAAUAAUUUGAGACUGUUGAUUGAGGGAUUUGCAACUUUGGUUACGCGCUGCGGCAAAUUAUUUGAAGAUCUAUCCAGAGAGAAGAAUAAGAGCAAUCCACUAUUUUCUUUCCUUACUGGAGGAGAUGGACAUGAUUUUUAUGCAAGAAAGCUGUGGGAGGAGCAGCAAAAGCACACUGAUCAGCGAAAGCAGCAGCUAGAUGUGAAAUCCAAACCAAGCAUGAAGAAGAUGACGGCAGAGACCCGUGGAAGAAUUCUUGCGGAAAGGCCCUUGGAAAGAAGCUCCAAGGAUUCCAGUUCAUCUGUUGCUUCUACAGAUGUUGUUCAUCUUCAAUACAAUCUUUCAGAAACAUUUACAAAUCCCGCAUCUCUUUUUCAUCCACAGGUUGAGACUCUGGAAGCUGCAAAACCUUUCAAAAAUGAUCCUGCAAAGCAAGAAAGGUUUGAGCAAUUUCUCAAGGAUAAAUAUCAGGGUGGUCUUCGGUCUACAUACACUUCAGGAAAUAGUCAUAUGUCUGAAAAUGACCGUGCUUCUGAGAGACUGGACUUUGAGGCAGCAGCUGAGACAAUUGAGAAGGGGAAGCGGAGCAUGGCAACUGAUCUCCCUGCUAAUCAACAGUUUAUGGAGCUGCUAGCAAUUGGAAAAGGGCAGUUUGUAUCUGGUGGAAUAGAGCAAAACAAAGUUCCUCAAAAUGAAGAAAAAGCAAAGAAAAGGUAUCCCCAGCGAGAAGAGUAUCAGUGGCGACCUGCACCAAUUCUAUGCAAGCGUUUUGAUAUCAUCGACCCAUUCAUGGGGAAGCCCCCAGCCCCACCAAGAGCGAGGAGCAAGAUGGAUUCACUCAUUUUUAUACCAGACCUUGUCAAAACCACAAAGACUGAAGAGUCUGCUGCUGCUGUUGGGAGAGAACCAUUGCCAGUAUCUCAGUCAGAAGAACGGGAGUUUUUUGAACAAGAAACAGGCAAGGAAACUGAGAUUGAGCCUAACAAUGCAAGCGUUCAGAGGCCAGUUGACCUUUAUAAGGCCAUUUUCUCUGACGAUUCAGAUGAUGAAGAGGAGAACACACACAUCAACCAAGCGGAUGAUGCUGAGAAGAAGACCGAAGGAGUUAGUUCGACUCUAAACCGUAUGAUAGCUGGGGAUUUUCUCGAGUCCUUGGGUAAAGAGCUAGGCCUGGAGGUCCCCACCGAUUCACUCUUCUCAUUAGAUCAGGGCAAGACAUCUGCUCCUCGAAAGGAAAGUGUAAGCGCUGCCGACAUCAAAAUCUCAGCAGGGAAUGAUAGAUCUAUUCCCACGCUCAAAGCAUCCGAUAAGCUUUUGGAAGGAAAAGAGGCUACUGAUGGUGAACAAGGCGCUUCGUCUAGCAAAACAUUUGAAAGAGAGAUUGAUAAAGUGGUUGCAUCUGUCGAUGGAAAUGGACUCAACUAUGACAACCCACGAAGCAGAUCCCUGAGCACACCUACCUGGAUCAAGGCGACUGAUAGUGGCUAUUUGGAGCACAAAGUCGGAAAAUCUAGACCAGAGAAAACAGACUCAGAUGAUAAAAGACCUGAGAAAAUGGAGCCAGAUGAUAAGAGACACCGAAAACACUCAAGACGACGUCGAAGCAGCAGCAGCAGCAGCUUGUCAGACAGCAAUUCAUCUGAUGAGUCCAGGUAUCGAGACCGUUCGAGGUCGAAAGAAGAAAAGAGACGGAAAGGUAAGAAGCGCUCGAAGCACCGUUCCCAUAAAAGCAAGGACUCUCCUGCCCGGACUUCGCAUCAUGGGUCCGGCAGGGAUUACAAAGAAGAACGGAGAGAGAAGAGGAGAUCAAGGGACAAGGAGAGAGAAUCCGGUUCGUUGAGAUCCGAGGCCCACAGGAAGCAUCACUGAGUCAAGCAAGCGUAUGGAGAGGUUGCACGAGGAAUUGUAUGUUGGCCGACCUGAAUUCAUGGAUGGUAUCCUCAAGAUUCUAGUCUGUACAUGUGGGGCCCAUUGUUUGGUAUUCCAGACUAUUGAUCUAAGGGCCCACCACAGUAACCAUGCCCCAAAGAACUCUUCGACGACCCCAAACCGCAAGUGGGUUGGCUGCAAUAUACAGUUGUGGAAAAAAAAAAAUGUGGAAGAAGGCGCAUCUGAAGAGAGAGGACGAACUUUGGAUUGAGGUUUGUUGGGGGCAUCGUGCGUCCACAUGAUGGGCCGCCUCUGAUUCAUGGUCUAGAUCACCAAACUGUGUGGGUAUGAGAACGACUACACAUUGUCAGGUUCGGUGCCAUGUAACUCCUCUGGAUUUCAGUUUUUUUCCGUUCCUGUGCAAUGGAAUUGUGGAUUUCAAAUUCAUGUUUUUGCACCACUGGGCUUGCAACCAUGUAUCACUAAGGCCUGGUAUGUACCGUAGAAUUCAUGGAAUUUUGGUGCACCACCAUCGAAAUGAAGCGGCGUACCACCCAAAAAAUCCAUGUUUAUUUCUGA